AUGUCAGUGUCCAUCCCUAACCCAUCACCUGGAAAAUCCGAGCCAGCUCUGCAGAUCUGGAGUGGACUCGGCGAAAUGUCUCGUCCUUCCAGGACCAUCCGCCUCCGAGACAUCUACGACCCAGAGCCUCCUCCCCAAAGGAAACCGGUGGCGAUACGACCCCCAAGCCCUCGACCUUCUCCUUCAGGGGGGAGUUUUCUCCGCCAAAACUUUACCUAUAAUCCGGAGUCUGGCACCAUAACAAGAAGACGAGCCCGCUCUCUCACUACUUCAGAUGUGCAGAAGACACGCAGAAACUCACAGGUUCGAUUUGUGGACUGUCUAGGCCUGGAGCUGGAACGUGUCAAGUUUUUUAGGGCUGGGGAAGACCCCACAGUGCCAGAACAUGUCAUUAAUAGGUUACUAGCCAGUUCAGAGCUUGCAUCAGGAAAGCAUUUGGAGCUAUCCUUGCCCUUCUUCCAACCAUUCUUCUCUGAGAACAUAGUUUCCCAACCGGAUUUUCUUGAGCGCUUGUGCCGUCAGCGUGUUUGCCUCGAGCAGAUCCAUUGCUCUGAGCUGGGCAUCACCGGUACAGUACAAGUCCUCAACCUGGCCUUUGAGAAGCAGGUCAGUGUGUGCUACUCGUUCACAGACUGGAAGAGCAGCACAAACAUAAAAGCAUGCUGGAUUUCUACAGUGCAUCGGGACAGACCAGAAGUGGAAUCGGAUGUAUUUCGGUUUCGCUUGCCUGUUCCACCGUUCAUCCUGAAACCAGGAGCCACUCUGGAAUUUGCAAUCUGCUAUUGUGUUCUCGGGACUGAUUACUGGGACAACAAUAAUGGACCCAACUACAAACUGGCCUGUCAUACUUACAAACUUAUUGUGCCCAAGGAGUGUGAGGAUAGCAUGGUACACUUUACCUAAAACGUUAGCAGGAGACGUCAUGAGAUGAGCAAUUACAGUUCAAAAGUUUACAUAGCAGUGUUGAAAUUUGAGUUAUUUUUUACUGUUCUUUUCUGUGAAUGAAUCAUUGGAACACAUACUUCCAAGUACUGUGACGAAAGUCAUCCAGACAUAGAUAGAAAACUCUUAACAUUCUACCACCUGCAACCUCCUGCCUUUGCUGUUUUAUCAAUUUGGCACAUAUUCAUAACUGUUGUGUCCAAAUUGUCAGGCGAACACCAAAUAUUGAAUAUCUGGCAACCCUGGCCUAAUAUUUUCCUUCGCACACCAAAAUAAACAGCAGUAAAUGUUCAUAUAUAAACGUUGGUUUUAUUUAGAUUUGUUGUCUAUGAAUCUGUUACACUUGGCUGAUGAUAAUCUUAAAACACGCUAGCACACCAGAGCAGACAUUUCGAACUCAGCUCUGCCAUCCGGCUGGGCUGGGCGGCUACAUGAACGAUUGGAUGUUGUUCAUACAGGGUGAGAAGCCGGAGAGGGACCUCAUAACUGAUGCAAUUACAACCUCUGCCGGCUGGUUGAUGGCGCCUGCACAGAGUCAAGGAAUAAUGCGUUGAUCAAGGUGUGGCUCUCCGUACACAAAACGUAUCCACAUAUGAACUCGCCUUGUGCAGGUGAAAAGAUGCUGUCGGCUACUGCACAUGUGUCAGAGGGGGCGUGUGUUAGUCACGCUCUCCUCAAUCAGAAGUGGAGAUCAACAUCAGUAGAGAGGAAGCGUAAUGCAAUCGGGUAAUUGGAUACGACUAGAUUGGGAGGAAAACUAAAAAAAAUGCAAAAAAAGAAAUUAGAAAUACACAGUAAAUUUCCAUUCUCUGGUGUUUUGACCUUUUUUGAGUUAAACAACAGUAGCUCAUUUUCAGAUCU